AAAAUAGAAUGUGGUGUCCGCCUAGCGAAUGCGGGGUAUGCAGUGUUCGGAAUUGAUUACGAAGGACAUGGACGCUCGAGAGGGGCCAGAUGUUACAUUAAGAAGUUUGAAAACAUAGUGAAUGAUUGCAAUGAAUUCUUCAAGUCCAUUUGUGCGGAGGAAGAGUACAGGGACAAGUGCAGGUUCUUGUAUGGAGAAUCCAUGGGAGGGGCAGUAGCCCUUCUGCUUCACAAGAAGGAGCCGACCUUUUGGAAUGGUGCUGUUCUUGUUGCACCCAUGUGUAAGAUAUCAGAGAAGGUCAAACCGCAUCCGCUGGUUAUCAAUGUGUUGACCAGAGUGGAGGAGAUUAUACCCAAAUGGAAGAUAGUGCCUACAAAAGACGUCAUUGACUCGGCCUUCAAAGAUCCUGUAAAACGCGAAGAGAUAAGGAGCAACAAGCUGAUCUACCAAGACAAGCCAAGGCUGAAAACAGCGUUGGAAAUGCUCAGAACUAGCAUGAGCCUUGAACACACUUUGCAUGAGGUGGUUUGAUGCUGCUUCCACUUCCAUUUGAUUCAACAUAUAUAUAUAUAUAA